GGAAUUAUUUUGAUCGGGAUCGGAAAGUCACGUGAUAGACUGUAAAUUCCAACAUGGAGGACGAUAUAGAAGGCUACAGGCCUACACAAACACACCUGUAAACAAACCCCUGUAAUAUGACCGUAAUGGAGAAUGAUGUGAAGAAGACAAUCAAUCACUAAGAAAUCAAUCACUUGUUGCAGGUAUACUUAUAUAUAGCCAAGGGACAUACAGGACAGCAAGAUGGCUGACAGCGACUUGUCCAUGCAGUGUGAGGCCCAGGGGAGGAUGAUUGAGCAGCUGAAGACCUUGAUCCGAGAGAGGGAGGAAACCAUAAAGGUCAAGGACAAAGAAUUACAGGAGACAAAUGCUAAAAUGUCUAAAAUGAAACUACAAGCAAAAGCGAAAGUAGCUAAAGAGGCCAAAGCUGCUGGGAAGAAAACAGAGGACACCACUAAAGAACCCGAGGGAGCCACUGAAGAGGAGAGUCAGACAGACAAGGCAGGGAGAGCCAAAAUGUUAAUACUGAAGAGGAAAAUGGAGGAAAAAGAUCGCAUCAUCGCAGAAAAAGAAGAGCUGCUGGCCGUUAAGAUUGCAAUGAUCGAAGCCAAGGUCAAGGUCAUUUCUGAGCAGGAGGAGGCUGUGAAGACUCUAUCAUCACAGCUGGAGGGUAACGCCAAUCUGAUCGCACAGCUACAGUCGGAACAGAGGACGGAGAGCUCCACACCAGAGAGUGGAGUGCAGGAGAUGUAUGCGCAGAUUGUGUACAAGGACAACAAGAUACUCGAGCUCAACAACAAGAUCCUGGAUCAUGAGAAGAAAAUGAUGGAUCUUCAGGAAUUUAUCUCAGAGAAAAAUGAAGUCAUCAAGGGCAGAGACAAAGUGUUUGAGAUUCUACAGACUACAUUAAGAGAAAAGGAUGAAAACAUUCAGGGACAAGCAAUGCUGAUAUCGAAGCUCUCUGCAAAAGUGGAGAACUAUGAAGAAAAAAUUGCGGAAAUGGCAGAGCGUGUGGAGAAGGCUGAUCAUGGACUGAAACUUGAAAGUGAGAAAUUUGACAUGAAACUACGAGAAACUCAGAAAUAUUUUGAAGAGUCCUUACAGGAGAGUCAGGGACUAGUGUUAAGUCUUCGUGAAAGUGUCAAAGUGAAAGAUGAUGAAUUGUUGAUGAGGGAGAAUGACCUACGGGAAUUAAUAUCAAGACAUGAGAAAGACAUUCAGAGGAUUAUGGCUAAGGGAGAAGUGGACUUACAGGACCAUGUGUUAAAAAUGUUAGAACAGAAACUUAAAGAUACCAAUGAAGUUCUGGAAGGUAAAAUUAAAGUGAUUGAAGUGCUGCAGAGAGAAGUGACAACAAAGGACAAGCAAAUAGAAGAGAGUAUAGAAGUGCAGAAGAACUUCAAGGAAAAACUCCAGUCAACUUCCGAACAGUUGAUGUUGAUGCAGGCCAACAUUGUGGACAUGGAAAUGCAGUGGAAUGAUGAGAAGAAAAAAUUGGAUGGUAAAAUCCGAGAUUUGAUUGAAAAGCAUGAGCUGGAGAGAACGGAGAAAGAACUGAUAGUGCAGACUAUGCAGGGACAGUUAUAUCAAUAUCAAACUGCCUACACACAGGCUGUUGCUCAGUACAAUAGCCUACAGGAGCGAUUCCACCACAGCACCAGACCAGGGGGUGCUGUCCCGGCCUCACAGAUACCACAGGCAGAGGAGACAAAACUACAAGCACCUGAACAAAUUGAUGCCACAGCACAGGUGAUGGCAGAACUUAGAGAAAAGCUGCUGGAAAAGGAGAGGACCAUUAAAGAAUUAGAACAUUAUAGGAGUGAUUUUGAUGUUGCUCAGACUAAGUUAGGGGAACUUGAGAAGGAAAUGGGAGAAAAGAUGGAAGAAAUGAAGAAGAAUCUGAAAGCUGUGGAGGACUCAAGCGCUAAGAAUUUGAAACAAAAGGCACAGUUAACUGCCAAAGUUAAAUCACUGGAGAAAGAAGUUAGUGAAUACAAGAUGUCUGUUUCUGCAGAGAAGAAAAAGCACCAAGAGGAAAUAUCUUUACUUCAGGAACAGCAGGCAAAGGCAGAGGAGUUUCUUCAGAAAGGACAAGGGGAUUCUGAUUCCAUGAAGAUGGAGAUCUCAUCAGUAACUUCUGAAAAUAGUAAACUCCAGGAACUGGUCAAGACUAAGAGAAAAGAGAUUGAAGAUCUGAAUGAUGCCCUCCAGAGUAAGGAAGAAAAACUCGAUUCAUUGUCGUCAGAAUUAGAAGGUAAAGUAAAGGAAAUUAAAUCUCUCCAGGAGUCGUUAGAACAUCAUGAAAACGACAUUCAUGAAAUUAAAAAGGACAGUGACUCUGAAGUUCACAGUUUGAAAUUUCAACUGGAGGAGUUAGAAAAUCAAUUAAAAAGUUUGAGUUCUAGUUCUGACAUCAAAGAAAAGGAACUGGAAAAUGUUCAAACAGAUUGUGAAAAUAAACAAAGGGAAAUAGAUGAUCUCAAAGUCGCAGUGCAGAGUAGAGGUAGUGAAAUUUCCAAGCUGCAGGAGAUUGAAAGUGCAUUGAAAACCGAAUUGUGUUCAUUACAAGUUGAAAAUAAAGAAAAGGAAUCUGUUAUACAAUCACUAACUAUUCAGAUUGAGGAAUUAAAUCAUUCAUUAACUGUAAAGGAUUCUAAAUUAGAUGAAAUGAAUUCACAGUUCACAGAAUCACAUUCCAUGUUAAGUAUCGCUACCUCAGAAAAAGAUAGUCUUUCAAAUGAACUAAAACUGACUAAGGAGGAACUUAGUAGCGUUUAUAAUCAAGUCACGGAUGUAAACCAAGAAAAAGAGAAUAUUUUGAGUGAGCUGAGUGAGAGAAAAGAAAACAUUAGCAGUAUGACCAAAGAAAUUGAAAAAUUAAGUGAAGUUGUUUCUAGUAAGGAUAAUGAACUCAAAGAUAAGGACUCCAAAAUCGAAAAUCUUCACACAGAACUAAAUGAAUCGAAAACAGCUGUGUCUGAACUAUCUAGUCAGAAAAGUGGAUUGGAACGUCAGUUAGCAGAAUUGCAUACUGUUUGUAGUGAGAAAGACGAACAGAUCCACAAUUUAUCAUCUAGCUCAAAGGAUAGCUUAAAAUCUUUACAGGAUCUUGUGGCAGAAAAAGAUACAAAAAUUCAAAAGUUGCUGGAAAAUGUUAAUGAAAGUGAAAUGAAGAUAAAAGACAUGGAAAAUAGUUCAACAGUUUUGAAAGUUCAAUUUGAAAAGGAAAAACAAAUGUCUGACCAGAAAUGUGUUGAUAUACAGGAAAAUCUUGAAAGGAUAAUUUCAGAAUUAGAGGAAAAGGUAACAGUUAAGGAUAGUGAGCUAAAGAGGGUGACAGAUAAAUUAACAGAUAUGGACUCAGGACAUAAUUCAAAAGUGGAAUCUCUGCAAAGUGAAAUAAAGACUCUAUUUGAAAAUAGAUCUGCACUCUCUAAAGAAUUAUAUACAAGAAAGGAAAACGAAAAGAAGUUGGAGGAACAACUCACACAGCUUCAAACUAAACUUGAGGAAAAAGAAGAUACAAUUAAAGAAAUGUCGUUAACACUCAAAACUGUUGAGGAAGAGAAGCUAAGCCAUACAAAGAUGAAUGAGGAACUGACUCAGGAUCUGCAAGAGGUACAGCGGGAGAAAGCAGACCUAGCCAAGACAGUCGAGAAAUUAACCAAGGACAUGGAAAACGCUACAAAAGAGACAGACCUUCUGACAGAAAAGGUUAGUGAAUUAAUGCAUAUAUGCAAUGAAAGACAAUGUACCAUAGAGACACUUAACCAUUCUGUUGCAGACCUACAUACUAGCAUGGAAAAGCUUUCUCAAGCCAAAGACUCUGAGAUAUCUUCUUUAAACGAGCAUGUCAAUUUGUUGUCUGUGGAAUGCCAGAAACAUGAAGACAAGUGUAGUUCUCUCCAGUCCCAGCUUGAGCAUGUUAAUAGUUGCAUGAAAGAGUUGCAUGAUGAGCAUGACAUAUCCUGCCAGCACUUAAAAGAUGCAGAAGAAAAGGCACAGAAAUAUGAACAAGAUAUUAUAGAAGUACAAAAGCAAGAACAAGCAGCCCAAAUGCGUGUAAAUGAACUUGAGAGUAGUCUACAUGUAAGUGAAGUUUUGCUAUCUGAGAAAGUGAAUGAAGUUGAACAGUUAGCAUCCCAAAUUUCUGCUAGUGUUCACUCUCUGUCAGUGAUAAGAAAUGGUAAUCAUUCAUUGAAACGCGAGCUGGAAAGCAAAUGUGAACAUCUGUCAGCUCUACAAAAGUCAAUACAGCAAAAAGAUGAAAUGAUUGCAAAGUUGGAAAAUGAGUCUGAGAAUAACAAAGAAAAACUAUCUGGAUUAAUGCAUGAUGUAAAUGAGAAAGAAAUAAGUAUUCAAUCUCUCAGUAAGGAAAAAACAGUGUGUGAUGAAAGAAUACUGGUGUUGUUGAAAAACGUUGAUGAUAAAGACAAAGAAAUAAUGCAAACACUGUCCAAAAUGGAAACCCUAGAAGAAGAUAUAGGUCAGAAAAUCAUUGAAAUUGAAAAAGUAAAACAGCAGAUUGUUGCAAAAGAGGAAACAAUGACUGAGUCAAUGAUGAAAUAUGAACAUUUACAAGAAGAAAUGAAAGAAAAAAGUAGACAAAUAGAUGAAAAGGAUGCUUUAAUUCAGAGUCUGUUAACUCAGACAAAAGAAAUGGUGAUUUUGAAGGAAACUUUGGAAUUGCAACUUCAAGAGAAAGCAGAAGAUUUAGACAAAGUUAAUAAUGAUAUUUUGGAUUUAAAUAGUCAGAUAAAAGAGAUUGAAGAGAGCAAAGCAAAAACUGUCUCUGAACUUAAAAGGAAAACGGAUCAGAAACAACAAUAUCUUGAUUCAUUGACAAAAACAAAUGCAGAACUUUCUGACAAAGUGGUCUCAUUGAAGAGAGAAAAUGAAGAGGGGGUGGAAGCUUUCAAAAACUUGCAAAGUGACUUGAUUAAGAAUAAAGAAAAAGUAGUAAGUUUAGAAAAACUAAAAGAAGAGAGUGAGAUAACUAUUCAAGGUUUGAAAGAAUCUAAUGGAAAAACUCUUGAAAAUGUAAAGCACCUGGAAAAAUCAAUAGAACAGAUGAGAACAGAAUGUGAAAACUUCAAUCAACUUGAAAGAAUCAAGGGACAAGAAAUUUCAGAUCUAGAAAGUAAAGCGAAAGAUCUCCAGAAUAAGAUUGACACAUUAGAAAAGUUGAUUAUCCUGAAAGACACUGAAAUCAGCGAACUAGGUAGGGUCAUUAGUGGUAAAGAAUCGGAAAUAUUGAAAUUAAACGAAAAAGUACAGGCAUCAGAAAAAUCCGAAAUAGCUUUGAAAGAUGAAUUAUCUAAAAAUGCUGAAUAUGUUCAGGAGUUAUUGUCUCAAAAAGACAUAGCAGUUACCACUGUAAACAGAGAAAUCGAGGUACUCAGAAAAAGUAGUGAAAGAAAUCUUCAACAACUUGAACAGGAGGUACAUGAACAAGAUCAGGCUCUGCAAAAUGCCAAUAUUAAACUUCAAGAAUUAGAGAGAAAUGAAUUUCAUUUGAAAGAGAGUCUAGAUUUGAAAACAGGAGAAAUUAGUACCUUGACUGAAACUAUUCAUUCCCUGAAAGAAAAAAAUGAUAUUAAAAUUAAAGAAGUAGAAAAUCUAGAACGUGAAGUGGAGAGACUGAAUGAAGAUAUUUUCUCAAAGGAGAAGGAACAUGUUUCAAUGGUAGAAAAAAUGGAAACCAUCAAAGAUGACAAUGAGAGUAAGGUUAGAGAAAUAUCUAUUCUGCACGGCCACAUCAAAAACACUGAGGAAGAAUUAGCCACAAAAAAGACAUAUAUUGAAAAUUUAACAGCCUCUAUUAUGUCCAUGGAAGAGAAGAGAGACCAUAUGCAGAACUCAUUGCUUGAACAAGCAACAUUGAUGCAGAAACUGACUCUUGAUGUUGCAAAAAAGGAUGAAGAGCUCUCUGAUUUAAAAACAGCUAUAGAAGACAAAGAAGAACAUAUAAGAGAACUCGAUCAGAUAGUAUCACAGAAAGAGACCCAGAUUGAAAAUUUCCGUCGUUCAGAGGUUGAAAUGAAGAGUCAUCUCAGCGAAUGUGAAGUCAAAAUUGAAGCAAACAAUGCUAAAAUUGAUCAGCUGGAGUGUAGUUUAUCUCGAGCAGAAACGACUGUAGGAGAGUUACGAAAAACUCUUGAUGAUAAGUGUGGGGAAAUUAAACUUCUCGAGAAGACAGUGAAAGAGAACGAUGUAACAAAUGCUUCUCUACAAGAAGUUCUUCAACACACGGAAGAGGCACGUGAUGAGUUGUUGCUAGACUUGCGAAAUAAGACUAGCAAAAUAUGUGAUCUUGAAGAAGAAGAAAGAAGACUUACCCAGGAAAAUGAAAAAUUGAAUAUUUCUACACAAUCAGUAUCUACUGCAUUGAGUGAAAAAGAAGUUAAAAUAACUUCCAUGGAAUCUCAGCUGAAAAGCCUUGAAGAGCUGGUUGAAGAUCUUAACAGACUUGGUCAAGAGAAAGAAGGUGCAUUACAGGAGUCGGACUGUAUCAUCGUAAAACUGAAGGGGGACUUGAGAGAACAAAUUGUUGAAAAUGAAUUUCUAGUCAAAGCAAUUAGAAGUGAUGAGUGGUCUCAGUCAUUGUCUUCAGACACAACUGUCUCAAAACAAACAGAAGAAGCCAUCAUUGCUGUACAGCAAAUGAAAUUAUCAACAGAAAAUUCCAAAGAAGAUCUGUUGAAAAUGAGUAUCCAGAUAGAAAUCAUGAAACAAGAAUUGGAAGAUGUCAAUACAAGACUUGAAGCAGAGAAAUCUAGUCAUUCACAUAUAUCGUUAUCUCUAGUCAGAGAAAAGCAAACAUCAUUAAAAUUAAGCAGUGAUCUCAAUGAAAUCACAAAAAGUAUGGAAGAUAGAAAUAAGGAUAGCUGUCGCAUGACAAAUGAGCUUGAGAAAAGAGAAGCUGAAGUCAGUUCUCUGGAAUCUGAAAUGGAACAAUUGAAAAUUGAAAGGAAACAAGAGCUUGUUGUUUUGCAACAAAGUCAUGAUGAGCUUGUGAACAGGACAAAAGACACAUUACAGGAUAUGUAUAAAGAAAAGGACAAACUGAUUGAAGAAUUGGAGAGUUCAAAUGAAAAAACCUUAAUUUCUUGUGAAAAAUUAGAAAAAGCACAGAAGCAUGUGGAUACUUUGCUGAAUGAGAAUGAGUGUUUAUGUUCGAAAAUAUCACAGAUUGAAGAGAAAGUGGAAAUUCUAGAAAAAUCUGUAAAGUCUUUUUCAGAGGAAAAGUCAGAGAAUCAAAAGGUAAUAAGGGAAAAGUGUGACAUGGUGACUCUUCUUACAGAUAAAUUGGAUUCAACGGUGAAAGAAUUAGAAAACAUGAGACAAGAGCACAAUGAAAAAAUAUCGGAACAUGCAGAAAAAAAUGCACAGAUGCUGCAUCAGUUAGACGAAUUGACAAAAUACAAAGUGGAUAUGGAGAAAACAGUGAUUUCUCUAGAAAAGUCAAUGGUAAUGUUGCAGGUGGAUUUGAAAGAAACAACAGAUACCGUUAAGGACAAGGAAAGAGAAUUAGAGGAUAUAAUACAAAAGAACUCGGAAAUGGAAAAAUGCAAAUCUGACCUAGAAAUGAAGCUGGUGUAUUUGGAAGCAGAAUCCAAAAAUCUCAAAAUCAAAAACCAGGAAAUUGAAGAGUGUGCAUCAGAACUUAAAACCAAGCUCGAAUUUUCGCAACAGUUACUGGAUAAAUCAGAAAUAGCCUUGAAGGAAGAGAGCAACGAAAAGUCUUCAUUACAAGAAUGCAUGUUGCAACUUCAAAAGCAAGUGACGGAUAUUGAGAGUAACUUGCAAAUGAUGACAGAGAAAGCUUCUAGCAAAGAAGAGGAUGUUCAAAUGUUAGAAAAAGAGAAUUGCAGACUAUCUGAACUUCAGUCAAACCUUGAAGAAAAGCUCUGUCAACUUUCCAAUUUAAAUUCGGACGAGUCAAAACAAAAAGAAAUAUAUCAAGAAAAAAUUGAAUGCUUGUCUAAUGAUCUGAGAGUGAAAAACAACAUUCAGGAUCAACUUAAAAAGGAUUUAGAUAGCCUUAAUGAACAAAAUUCAAAACUACAGUUGGCAUUGUCUGAAAAAACCAAAGAGUGGAAAGAGAACGAAAGGAAAAUUUUGGAAUUAUCUGAGUCUUUGUCCAAUAUGCAGAAGGAAUUGACAUCUUCGAGAGAAUUUGUAGAGAAACUUCAAAGUAAAGUGGAAGAGGAAUCCAAAAAUUGUUUUCAAAUGAAAGAGCAAUAUAAUGACGCUAUUCAGUCCAAUUGUAAAUAUCGGGAACAAAUCCAAGUUUUGGAGCUCAAUGUUGCUGAGGCAAGGGAAGAAAAACAAGUUAUGGAAGGGAACUUUGAUGCAAUUAAACAAUCUUUGGAACGCAAAACAGAAGAGUUAUCUACUCAGAUGGUUGAAAUGGGAAGGAUUACUAAAGAAUUAGGUGAUUUGAAGACUGAUUAUGAGAAGUGUUUGAAAGAAAAAGAGAGUCUGAAAGAUAUUGUAAGUGAUAUGGACCAAACUAUUGCAGAGAGAAAUUCAUCGUUCGAGAUAAAAGUAACAGAAAUGGAGACACUCGUUUCUAAGGUAGCAAACAUGGAGAAUACAAAUGACUUGUAUUGCAGAAGGCUUAAAGAAAUUGAGGAAGAGAAAAAAGCUUUAGAAGAGGAUGUAUCAAAAAUCCAGGUACGUCUGUCUGCUGUCAAUAAAGAAAAAGAUGUUCUUGCACAGAAUGUUGAAGAAAUGGACUUAAAAUUGUCUACACAUGUAACUAAAUUUGAAGUUCUUGAAAAGGAGCUAGAGAGAGUGGAAACUGAAAGAGACACAUUGUCUUCUAAAUGCGAGAAAUUCUCAAAAGACUUGGAAGAUCUUGCACUUGAAAAUGAUUUAAUGAGUAAAUCAGUAGCAGAGAAAGGAAGAGAAAUAGAUUCUUUGGUUACCGAAAUUACCGAGAUAAAAGCAACUAAUCAAAGCCUAGGCAUGUCACUGAGUGAUGCUGAGACAGAAGUAGAAAGAUUAAAGAUUGAGCUACAAGAGAACACUAUUGUCCAAGACGAAAGAGAAAACUUGUUACAGCAAAGCUUGACAGAAUCCAAAUCUCAGUCUGAAGAUAAUGUGAAGUUGAAUGAGAUGUUUUCAAUUCUACAGUCAGAGCUAAUCACCACUAAAACAGAAAAUGAAGAAAAAGAAAAACAACUCUCAUUUCUUACUGAAAGCAAAUUAUUUCUAGAGACUGAAUUAAGAAACCUAGAAUCAACAGAAGUUGAACUGAGAGAUAAGUUAAAGACAUUUCAAGAGGAAAGCUUUGAUCAAAUCAAUUCUUUAAAAGUAUCCGAAGAAUCUCUCAAAAAGGACUUGAUGAAAAGAGAAGAUAUGUACAAUAGUUCAUAUUCUACUUUGUUAGAAGAAAAAGAAAACCUUGAAUAUUUAUUAAAAGAUCACCAAAAAGUAUUGCAGGAAAGAAAUGCCAGACUAGUUUUAGUGGAAGAAAAGCUGAUUUCUCUAAAUGACGAAAAGAAAACAUUAAUCAACGAGAAAGACGCAUUGAUAGACAAGUUGUCUCUGACAGAAUCACAAAUGUGUGUUCUGCAGGCUGAAGUUGAGGAUUUACAGAUGCAGAAUGUUGUUGAAAAAGAACUUGUAUUGAAACAUAUCAAAGAACUUCAUUGCACAAGUGACAGGCUGCGACAUACGGAAGAAAGUGCCUGUGCUUUAGAACAAUCUUUUGAGAACCAACGUAGUUUGCUUCAGACAAAAGAGGAAACAAUUGUAGAACUUAAUGAAUCAAAAACAAUAUCAGAAACACAAAUGGUGAAUCUUUUGAAAGAAUUACAAGGUCUGAAGUCAGAGCAUGCAGAAAAAAUGAAUAAUUCAGAAAUUCAAAUAAACUCUCUGAUGUCUGAUAUUAACUGUCUAAGGGAGGGAACAGAAAAGUUGGAUAAUCAGAUCCAGGCUCUAACGAGCAAUUUCCAAUCUCAAGUUGAAGAAAAUAGAGAACUACAAAAGAAAUUAUUGCAACGUGAUCAAGAAAUCACUGUCUUGAUGGAACAUUCUCAAGAACUAGAAAACCGUUGCUUUGAGAUAACUGAAGUUAUUACGAAAGUAAGAUCGGAUGAGAAUAAGAACAAAGUAAAAAACCAUGAUGAAAUGGUUGAAAAGAACGCUAAAAUAAAAUGCCUGGAGGAAGAUCUUAAGAAACUAAUGCUCGACUUGGAAAGUAAAGAUAAACAGCUAAAUAAGAUCAAUUCAGAUUUAGCAUCAACAGAUGAAGCUUGUAGAAGUACAACAGAUAGAUUGCAACAAACAUGUAAUGACAUGCGAGGAAAAUACAUCAACGAGCAAAACAGAUGUAGUGAACUUCAAACUAGAGUAACAGAGGUAGAGACUGAGGUAAAGGCCAAGCAUGUACUCAUAGAAGAGUUAAGACAGUUACACCAGUCAGACUCUGAACAAUUCAGAAAUGCUCAAAGCAAUCUGGAAGAAAGAAUCCAAGAUUUACUUAGAGAGAAAGUGCAAGAAGAGAGUAACAAAACCGACUUGAAAUUGAAACUGGAGAAGGUAAAUGAAGAAGUUAAUGUCCUGGAAAAUGAGUUAAAGCAACAGAAAAUUGAUUAUCACCAAAUGGUUUCUGAAAAAGAACAGGAGAAAAGCAUCAAUGUUGCCCAGUUCAAAGUAUUAGAAGAAGAAAUUGAAAUGCUGAAUGAAGCUAACCAAAAGCAUAAAAUGAUUAUAACAAAACUGCAGGUGCAUAGUAAGACGAAGUCUAAAGAAAUCCAUCAUUUAGAAAUUAUGAUAAAGAAAUUAGAGGAAGAAGCAGAACAACUGAAAAUUGAUCUGAAUUUAGAGAGUAAAAUCAGAAUAGAGAUGGAAAAUGGAAAAGAAGAUAUUGCAAAUGCAAAGGAGAAACUGAGGAAAGACGUUCUGGAAUGUAAAGAAAUGCUACAGAAUAGGGAUGUGAAGCUAUCGGAAUUGGAAUUUAAAUGUAAUGAGUUGAAUAAAAGGAACCAAGAGCUUGAAUGCAAUUAUUCCUCUUUGGAAUGUAACAUGAAAGAUGCAGAAGAAAUGCGUAUUAAAGAAAUACAAUCCAUGGAGGAAAGGUUAAAAAAUUCAUCCAGGGAUUUUGAAGACAUGUCUGAAAAGAAUAGAAUGCUAAAUGAAGAGUUAUUGUGUGCUAAACAGGAGUGCCAGUCUCUUAGUGCAGAGAUGGAUAGUCUUCAAUUGAAGCUUGACACUUUUAUACACGAGAAGAAUGAGCUUUUACAAGAAAAUAAUGAUUUAGAAGUGUCGAACAGAGAAUUGGUAAAGACAAGAGAAGAAUUGACAUCAGUCCAAGAAGAUUUCGAGAAUUUAGUGAGAGAAAAAAUGAUGUUGAUGAAGGAAUUGAAAGAAUUGCAGACCGAACUUGUGACUGAAACAGAAAUUCUCAACAAAGAUCUUGAAGAAAAAGAAGUGUCUUUAUCAACUUUAAAUCUUCAGGUGGAAUCAUUAUCUUUAACCAAUACUGAACUAGAAAAUGAGACCUUGUGCUUGAAAGAUGUGGUAAAGGAAUUGCAAAGUGCGAGUAAGAGAAAUGAAGAACUUAACAUUGCGUUUAAAACAAAAGAAGAUAUGGUUGAUCAAAAAAUUGAAAUGCUGAUACUACAGAAUGAAGAUUACGUUGAAAAAUUCCAAGCAUUAGAUUCCUUGCUUAUGAAUGAAAGACAGAAGAAUACUGGUCUUAAAAAUGAACUCCAAGAAAGCAUAAUAAAACUGAAUUCCAUGGACGAACAAAAGAGUUGUUUAGAAAAGGAAUAUGCUGAAUUGAAAAUAUGUUUUCAAGAAAAGAAUGAUCAGUACGAGAAUUGUCUGAAUAAAGCAGGGGCUGUCGAGUCAGAUAUUCUGCACAUGAAUGCCACCAUGGAAAAAAUGAAGGAGGACAUGUCUUGUAAAGUAUCAUCCAUUGAAGAACUCAUAAUGGAAAAUGAAAUGUUGAAGCAAGAAAAUUUUAGAGAAAAAGAAAAGCAGAGAAAUGAUAGAUUGCAAUGCGAAGAAUUUAAAUUGAUGUUAGAAAAGAACAACAAGGCUUUGGAUGCUUGUUUGAAGUGGUUGAAAUCAUUGUUCAAAGAGCUAACACUAAGCACAGAUGUCCCUGAAGAAACAACUUACAUUGAUGGAUGGAUUGGAUUAGUUAACACAGAGAUCUUGACAUUGAAAAGAAAUCUUCUUAAUAUAUCAGAAGAAAACACCUCCCUUCUUGAACAAAUAGAAGCCAAAUCAAGAAAACUGAAUCGUGUUGAAGAAGAAUUGAAACAAGGAAGAUGUGAGGUCGAAACUAUGAAUAAUAGACAUUAUUUAAUGCUAUCAGAAUAUGAGGAGCUGCAACAAGCAUUGCUCAGUAUAAAUGCUAAUAGUGGGAUUACUUUGACAACAAACAAGAAAAUGAAGGAGGAGAUGAAUGAUCAACAAGCAAAACUUCAGAAGCUAACUGAAGCUAACGAGGUUUUGGAACAUCGGUGUGACGGUUACGAACAGGGAUUAAGGAAGUUGUUACAAACAACAGAACACAGUUCACUCGAGUUUUCAGAUGAAUUCUAUGAACGAGAUGGAAACGUUUCAAUGCUUGAAAAACUUGAGGAGUUUAUAAGCUCAAUGAAAGGAAGUAUGCUCAAGCUGGAUAAGGAGAAAACAACGCUGGAAGAUGAGCUACAGAAAGCAGAUAGUACCUUGAAAGAUAUAACAAUAUCUCAUGAAGAAUUGACACAUAAAGCCACAGACACAGAGACUCGUUUAAAGCAGAUAUUGCAGACGAAAGAGAAAGUAGAUUUAGAACUUUCAAAAUGCGAAAGUGAGUAUUCCGAAUUGAGAGAGCAGUUCCAUGCAUUGACGGAUGCAAACGAGGAUCUGAAAUUUCAGCUACAUGAAAAAGAAAAUAUAAUUCUGGACCUCCGAAGAGACUCUAAAGAAGCGAUGGACCAAAACGAUCAGAAAAUAAGUGAUUUGUUGUCGGUACAAGAAAACCUAAUUAGGCAAAAGUCAGAUAUUACAAUUAAACUUGAAAAGGUUCAAAGAGAGUUGUGUGAGUUGCAAAGGGAAGUGAAGGUGCAAAAUAGUGAGAAUGUUGAACUGAGGAAUUCUAUUGAAGAAAAAGAGAAUCGCUUACUACAACACAAAGUGGAAUCAAAUGAGUAUGAAUCUAGAAUAGUUAAACUCCAACAGGAGUUAGAAAUUCAGAGAAGCUCGCACAAACUGCUGACUGAAAAACCAUUGAGUAGUGCAGAGGAUAGGAACACAGACUUUGAAAAACUUAAUAGUGAAAUUAAGAAACUACAGAAACUUUGUAAAGCAAAGGAUGCCAAGAUAUCUAAAAUGACACAAGAAAUGAACAACCAAGACCUGGGGGACAGAAAGGAUUUUGAAAAUAAAGUAGAAAAAUUGGAAACAACGUUAAAAGAGGUUAUUGACGAAAGAGAAAGUAUGCGAAUUGAAAAUCAAAAGUUGCAGAAAAUGUAUAAAGGCAGGGAAGUGAAACUAAAGAAAUUGGACGAAAUAGUAACAGAACAGGAGAAACUGCUGAGUCAGUACGAAGCAGAUAAACUUAUCUUAAGCGAAAGUGUGAAUGAACUGAAUGAAAAAGUAGAGGAUGCAAGAUAUGAGGAACAAAUUGCACAAAAGGAACUUCAGAAAUUUACUAUUCAGCGUCAGGAGCGGAUUGAUGAGAUAGAGGAACUUAGAAAGUUCAUUGCAAAGAAAGAGGAAGAAAUAGUAAAAUUUGAUCGAGAAUUGGUCCAUUUGAAAGAUUUGUUACAACAACAGAACACGGAAUUUAACAAACGCAACCAGAGCCAACAUGUGUUUUCUUCUCAGCUUGAGGAAGAAAAUACUGCCUUGAAAUCAAAAGUUGAAAAAAUGGAUGAAGAAAUCCAAAUCUUGAAAUCCAAAAUUGUUAGUCUCGAGGAGAGUCAUGAAAAGCAUGUGACAGAAUCUAAAAAAUUAAACAUGGUGACCAAAGGAAAAGAUACUAAAGUCAAGAAAAUGGAAGAGGUGUUAAAAAAGAAAGAAGAGGAACUAAAAUCAGUUCAUUAUCAACUCCAGGAAAUCAAGAAAUCAUAUGAAAGUAGCCUUGAGAAAGAAGAGGUUAAUGCUCAAGAAAUUCUGAAAUUACAAAAACUGGGAAAAGGGAAAGAGGCGAAAGCAAAGAAGUUUGAAGAUGUUAUAAAUAUGCAAGAAAAACUUCUUGCAGAUAAAGUAACAGAUGCUGUGAUCCUGCAGGGUAGUAUUUCUGAAAUGAAUUUAAAACUUGAGGAUCUUGGUGCUACUGAACAAAGUUUGAGAAGUGAUUUAGAAGAUCAUUUGAAAACGAUUACAGAAUUGAAGGUAAAAUGCUCAAAAUUGGAACAAAACGAACUUGAUCUCAGACAUGCUUUAGAAAUGAAAGAGGAGGAGAUUCAAAAACUAAACAGAGAAUUGGAGACAAGUAAAGAAAGUUACAAUUUAUUGCUUCAGGAGAAGGAAGAAGUCGAAGAGCAAUGUCGCAAAAUUAAGCAUUCUUUAUUACAAACGGAAGAAAAGCUACACGAAUCAGAAAACGAAGUUCAACGACUAUCUGAAGAUCUUGAAAAGGUUAGAAAAGAAAAAGAAAACAUUAUUUAUGAAACUGAGAAAAUGAAAAAGGUCGGAAAAGGAAAAUUAACAAAGCUUGGUAAAUUCCAAGAAAUAGUUGAAAAGCAAGAGAGUAUUAUAUCGGAAAAAGAUACAGAUUUACUUAUGAUGAAAGAAAGGAUUAACGAUUUGUCUGAAAAACUCGGACAAAAAGAAGAAGAAUUACAAUUACUGCAGGGAGAUUUAGAAAGAAUGACUCGUUGGGAGAAGGUUUGUAAACAGCACGAGCGGACAAUCCAUGACAUACAUCAAAGUGUCGAAGAUAGAACCAGGGAAUUCACGGAAGGAAAUAUCGAAAGUGACAGGAAAAUUUCCAUCUUAGAAGAAAAAUGUUCUGCUCUUGAAAAUACUAUUGAAUUUUUGCAGCGUCAAGAGAAGGAUAUGGAACUUGAAAUCCAGUCACUAUCUGCAUCUUCUUCAGAGGCUGAUUACUGGAAAAACAGGUGUCAGAAGCUUGAGGAAGGAAAUGAAUCUCAUCUAAAAAGAAUCCCAAUCGUCAGCGAUUUGAUAGAACGUCAGGAAACUAAUCCGUCCUUAGCCAUCAAACCAAAGAUCCAAGAAGAUAGCACUGAAGACAAUGACCCUGAAUAUGAGGAUUUGAAUCCUAAACAGCUGAUAACAACAUUAGAUAAAAAACAAGCUUUAAUUCUUUCAAUGCAAGAUAACCAUCAAAAAGAACUCGCAGCUUUAAAUGCCAAAUUAUCCAAGAUGAAAACGCUAUGUAAAGCCAAAGAUGCUAAAAUUGCCAAACUUCAGAACAUGGAAAAAGACGAGCAAAAUAGAGGUGAUGAGAGUGGAAGCAGUAAUGCACGGGAAAGUACAGACAAUUUGUCCUUGAACUCUAGUGUGGUUGAUAAUGAAUGGAGAGAGAGAAUUAUGCAUUCUGAGGUAGUGAUGCAACUUGAAAGGCAAAUCGAAGAUUUGAAAGACGUUAUUCAAUCAAGAGACGAAGAAAUUGUUGAUGGAAGGAAUUUUGCCAUAAACCAGCAAGAAGAGUUACAUUCCUUAAGAGAAUUUCUAAAUGCCAAAGAAGAAGAUAUGUUUGGUCUUAAAGAGAGGGUAUAUGGUUGGGAGGAUUGGUAUGAUAAAGAAUUUAGAGGCAUUGAAUCUUCGCUGGCUGCAAUGGAAAAGUCUUCGAUAGAAAAAGACACAAUUAUUGCCAAUAUGAAGGAAGAACAUGAUUCUUUAAAAGAUAUAUCGAUGACUGAGGAGCCUAAGUUAUUAGAGGGUAAAGAGACUGACGUGCAAAAAUCUCUUGAACAAGAAUUAUGUAAAUUAAAAAGAAUUUGCAAAGGCAAGGAAGCUAAAAUAAAGCAGCUCGAACAAGCAAAAAAAGACUUGGAAGAAAAAGAUGGACUCAAUGCAGAACAACUAUCGACAACCUCCCACACAACCAAUCCAAUUGAAUGGCGUCAGCUGUUAGAAGAUAGUCAAGAUGAAAAUCAGAAGUUGCGCAAGCACAUAGAAACUCUUAAUACUGAACAGCUUCAGAGAGUAAAAGAUUUUGAAUCAAUGUUAAGCGAAGAAACAAACCAAAUCCUGGCAUUGAAACAAAAGUAUAUCGAUUUGGAAAAUAAAUGCUUAAAAUUAGAGGAAUCUUCAAGUUUAGUAGCUAUUGAACUCAACAUGUUCAAGAAGGAAGUUUUUGAAGUGAUCAGAGAGGACCAUGAAUUUGUUUAUCAUGAGGCGCUUGAAUCAGCCAGCAGUCCUGUUGCAAUUUUAUCAAUGCUUCGAAAAGAAUUUUCUCAACUUCGCCUGUCCUUUGAAGAAAGUACAGCAAAAUUGAAGGAGAAAGAGUCUUGUAUUUCAUCUCUUAACGAAGCUAAUGAUGCAAGAUUGCAGAAAAUGAAAGACUUGGAAGACAUGGUACGGUCAUUAGAAAAAAUAAAGGCAACUCAUCAACAGAGUCUGGAAGAAAAGGAAACUCAUAUUAGAAAUAUCAGCUCACAGCUAGCAACUAUACAAAAUGAUGAUAUUCUUGAACAGACACAAGUUGCUCAAGGUUUAGAGAAACAGAUUGCGCGGUUGAAAGAUAAUUUAUCUCGACAAGGAAACGAGAUGCAGAAUAUACAGAUGCUUUAUGAUAGCCAAAGCGAGCAAUUAGAAGAAACUGUAAAAGCACUAGAUGAAGCCAAUAACGUUAGGAGCUCGAAGAUGGAGGAACAAGAUUUGGCAAUUACACAUUUACGAAAACGUUUGCAAGAGGAGGAAGAGAAGUGCAAACAUUUUUCAUCAUCUUUCGAGGAAAACCAGCAGUCUGUAAUUGGUUUACAACAAACAAUACAAAGUUUGAAUGAAGCCAACCAAGCAUACCAGUACUACUAUCAGGAGAAAGAAAAUGAACUUCAUAUUGUUAGUCAAAGACUCGCCGAGCUGCAGGCCGAUUGCAAACAGCAAGAGGAUAAGGUAUCUGCUCUAGAAGAACGAUGUAACGUUAUUUUAAUGGAGAAAAAUAACUGUGAAAAAGUUUUGAAGGAAGUGAAUGACUCUUAUCAGGAAAAAGCGGGACAAAGGGAAAUGGCUAUUACAGACAUGAGACAGCAAAUUGAAGAGAACAAACAAAAAAUUUACAUUCUAGAAGGUGAAAAAUCUCAUUUGAAUGAACAAUUGGGCACUGCAUUGGAAGUGAAUACCAAACAAGAAAUUGAAAAAGUAGAGUUGCGAAAUACAAUACGAUUUUCAGAAGAGAAAAUUCAAGAACAGAAUACUCGUAUAAUUAACCUUGAGAUUUCUGUGGAAAAGCAGACUGCUUUAAUGCACAAGAAAGGAAAUAUAGCGGAGGCUUUGCAAAAUGAUUUAGAAAAGGAAAUUGUCACUUUAAAGGAGAGCUUGAAAACAAUACACGAAGAACUUUCGAUUACAAAAGAGGAAUUGGAGGAAAAUUGUAAUACUAAGAAUCAGCUGCAAAUUGAGCAGGAUAAGCUAAUCAAUUUGAAAGAAGAAGUAAAUCGUUUGUAUGAAGAAAACCAACACCUUCAUAGUGUUGUAGGGGAAAAAGAGCAACAAUUGUGGUCUCUGCAAAAUACAUGUUCUGUGAUGAAAAGAGAGGCUGGAGCUUUGAAUAAACACGCCGAAGAAACAUUUGAAAUUUCUAAUGUUGUAGUUGAGCCUAUCAUUAAAAUAUCCUCAGAAAAGCUGCUGGGUGCUGUGCCUUCUUCCAAACCAACGGAACUAAUGAAAACAUCCGACACAACUCAAGAUGCAAAUGAAACGACAGAGCAACUCGGGGAGAAAAUAAUUCAACUGGAGCUCUGUAAGCAACAGCUUACGGACCAAUGCUCUCAACUGGAGCUUAAUCUGGAGCAUGCAAGGAAAAGCCAAAGUGAAAAUGAUAGUCACAAACAAAUGUUAAUGGACAGAUUGACAGAGGCUCAACAAAGCGUAGAAGUAUUGUCGGCUGAGAACUCCCAACUUCAGAGGUCUUUGUGUGAAAGAAUGGAGGAACUAAGUCUGUUGAAGUCCAAACUAAAGAACACAGAAGAAUCCGUAGAAAAGUUCAGUGGAAUAGUACAGGCAAUGUCAGCAGAACAAGAACAGUCAACUGGAAAUUUCAGAGAGGAAAUUGAAACAUCAAGAACAACCAUAGUGAACCUGCAAGAACAGAUCCAUGCACUGGAACUAUCAGAGAAAGAUAUAAAGGCCGAAUGUGAACAAUAUCGACUGCAGGUUUGUGAUCUUCAACAACAGUGUUCAGAAUCAAAUAAAGUACUUGAAAGUGAACGGGAAAAAUUUCAGGAAAGUGAAAUCUAUUUGUCACUACAAUGUAAGACACUCUCCGAUGAAGUAGACCAAGAAAAAAAGAAAAAUCAAUCACUUGAAAGUAGAAUUCAAUCUGUGAUCGACGAACUUCAUCAAGAAAAACAGAGGACAGCUGAUCUUGGAAAAGAGAUGGAACAAUUGCAGAAAUUAAAAUUGGCUUCUGAUGAACUGGCCAGUUCGAUGGAGGAGAAAGAAAAUAUACUAUCAAGCUUGAUUGACAAUAAGAAUUCCGAUGAGGAAAUGAUGCUAAAGAAACUUAAAGAAAAAGAUGAGAAAAUCGCAUCACUUUUAGAAAACAUGCAAGAAAUGGAGGAACGUCUCAAUCAACUUGACCAGGCAGAUAAAAUGAAAGAAUCAUUGAAGGAGACGUGUGCCAAACAAGAACAGGAAUAUCAAGAGCUGAAAAAGCAGUAUGAAGACAAGGAUUUACAUUUCCGUAAGGCAUUAGCAACAGCCAAAAAAUUAAAAUUUCAACUCCAACAAUCUACUAGCAAAAAGGAAGACAUGGAAACCGAAAUUAAGUCUCUAAGGGCUGAACUGGAGAAGAAAGGAAAUUUCGAAAAUGAAUCUAAUGACAUCAAAACGGAUGCUGGUACUGAAGAGAAAGAAAGUCUUUUAGUAACCGAGCUUAAGCAGAAAAUUAUGGCGGAUGAAUCAUCAAUUCAUAUAUUAGAAGAGAAACUAACAGCUGUAGAUGAUUUAAAUCAGAAAUUGGCUGAAUGUGAGGACUUGUUAAUGACAAGGGAGAAAGAUAUUGUUGUGAUUCAGGAAGAACUUGAAAAUCGAGUAAGCGAGUUGAGUUCACUGAGCUUGAAAUUAACCAAUAGUGAUAAAACUAUUCAGGAUUUAGAAACUGCAAAUAGAAAACUAAAUGACAAGCUACACAUGGAAACAGAGAGGUUGACUGAGAACAUUAUUAAAGCCGAAUCUCAGAAAUCAGAGAUGCAUUCUCAGAUGGUUACACUAGAGGAAGAAAAGACGCAAAUACAAGGCUUGCUUCAAGACAAAUCUGAAGAAUGUGUGAAUUUACAAGCACAAGCCGACCAGACAGCAAAGGAUAUCGCAACAAAAGAUAAAAUGAUUAAUGAUGUGGAGAGUCAGUUGGAACAGCUGGUGCAAAGUAACGAAAAAGACAGCAUGGUUACUGAAUUGUCUCAAAAACUAAAAAACCUGGACAUGCAACUUGUAGAGAAGGAUAAAAAAAUUGAAGAAUUUGAUCGCAAAAGUAAUGAACUUGACUGUUUAUUGCAAUCGUUACAGCAGGAGGUUCGCUCUAAAAGUGAAAUGGUGAACAGUCUUCACGAUAGUCUCCGUUCAGCUGAGCUUGAGAAAGGACAACUAGAGGAAUCCAUUCAGUCAAUUAGCAAAGAGUUAGAGACGCAGAAUGAGAGAAUUAUGUCCCUUACAAAUUUGGUUUCUGAAAAAGAGGACCAACUAUCUUCAAUAAUACACAACGUGAAAGGAUGUUAUCGUGAAGUGACAGGAGAUGAAUGCAAUGUGCAAAACAUUGAAGGCAUUCUGAUUGCCUUACAGAAUUUUGUAAGCAGUCAGUUAACUUCAUUGCGACUACAGGUCAAUAAUGCAGAAGCCUUACAACAGGGAACACAAAGAAAGGAAUUAGAACAACAAAUCAGUGAAAUGGAGAAGCUGAUUGAAGACGAACGAGAAAGACUACACACUGUACAGGAAAAAUAUAGCCAAGUCAAUGAUGAAAAAUUGAUCAUCUCCCAGCAGCUGAAAGAAAUUGAAGACAGCAAUCAUGAUCUACUUGCUCAGGUUGCACAUCUAAAGUCUACCAUUGAAGAAAUGACAGAGCGUGAGAGUGUAAGGGAUUCCACCUGUUCGGAUCUAAAGUUAGCAGUAGAAAAUCUCACGAAAGAAAACGAUGCAUUGAAAAGUGGCUGUGAUAUAUCAAAUGCUAAAUGCAGCAAAAUGGAAGAUGACUUGGUUGAAUACAAGCAAAAAUACAGCAGUCUGGUAAAUGAAAAUGAAACAUAUAAGUCUGAAAGCGAGGUUCUAAAGGCUGAAAUUGAACGUCUCUCAGCUGCUUCACAAGAAACUUUUACCGCAUCUUCAGCUCACAAACUUUCCACUGAAUUUCCAGAAAAAACUGAACUAAAGGAGGAAGAACAUUUAAGACAGUCCUCAGCAAAUGAUAGACGUGACGAAACCGAGCUGCAAACCACUAAGGAAAAACUUAAAUCAGUGGAAGAUGCCUAUGAGCAAAUACAUAGCAAGUUAAAGUCAUCAGAAGGAAAAUGUGAGAAGAUGUUGGUGAAGUUGAAAGCCUUCAAAACAAAGUGUGAUAAGCUUCAAGAGGAGGUCAGUGUUUUGAAGGACAGUUCUGCACAAGUUACCAAAGAAGACAAUGCUGCUGAUAACACUUUAAAAGAAAAACUUGCACUCCGAAUUCAAGAACUGGAGGAAACACGCAGGAAAGAAGUUGAGACUAGCCAGUGGUAUAUCUCUGAAAUUGAGAAACUGAAAGAGAAUGAGGGCAUGUUGGAGACCACUAUAGGAAAACAAUCUGAGAGUGAAAAACGGUUAAUUGGUGAGAUAGAUCUGUUGAAAAAUGACUUACAACAAAAUGAUGAGAGGUUCCAAAAGAAGGAAAGUGAACUUAAAACACUGAUGGAAAUGAACUCAGAACUGCAGACUCAGAUAACAUCUUUAUUGAGCAAAGAGGAAUUCAAUGAUUCUAGAAAAAGGGAACUUCAGGAUAAGAUUUCUGAAUAUGAAAAUGAAAUGCUUACAAUGAGUGAUUUAAAAUGUUCUUUAAUAAGUGCAGAGCGAAAACAAAUAGAACUAGAGAGAAAGUUAGAAGACAAUGUAAUGCUCUGUGACUCAUUGGAGGUUGAAAAUAAAAGUUUUAAGGAUAUUGUGGCUAGGAUGAGAGAGACAAAUUCCAAACUGGAACAAGAGACGAGAACUGCGCAUGAAAUUGAGACAAAAAUCCAAAAUCUAUUAGAAAGAGUAAAGGAGUUUGAAAACGAACGUGAACAGAUGCAGGAAGAAAUUGAUGGAUUUAAAGAAGAUGUUUCAGAAUUGAAGAAAGAAAAGAAUGCCUUAAAAGAUGAAUAUGAGUCGCUUGAUCUGAAGUUAAAGGAAGUUUUAAAUGAAAACAAAGGACUUAAAGAAAAAAUCGGGGCAAUGGAAUGGAGGUUAGAAGAAGUCGAAUCUUUGGAAGAAGAGCUAGAAGAAGUGAGAUCUGAACUUGACAGGAAGAACUCGGACUUAAACCUGACAACAAAGGAAAAAGAGAAGAUUCAGGCAGAACUAGAACAAAACAGACAAAACCAAAAUAAUCCCUCACAACAUACGCUGAAUGAAGAUAUCAUCUCUCUAAAAGAAGAGCUGGAUAAGAAAAUGGAAAUUAAUAAAGACCUAGAGGACCAAGUGGAUUCCUUCCGAGAGGAAUUAAAUGAGACUGCGACCGAAAUAGACAACUUGAGAGGAGAACUCAGUACAACUGCCAUUAAAGCUUCCAUGUUUGACAGCUUGCAAAAGGAAUAUACUGCUUUAGCGAUGAAGUAUGAAGACCUUCAAAAUCUGAAAUCUUCAAAUGAUACUGAUACAGAGAAAUCCCUUAAGGGAGUAGAAGACCAGACUAGAUUGUUAAGAGAAGAACUCCACCAAUCAGCAACAGAGAAUGAACGAUUGAAGAAGGAAUUGAAUUUAAUCAGGGAGAAAUAUAACCAGGUCGAAAUAAUUCAAAAGGAAAAUGAUAAACUAAAGACAGAACUAGAAGUCUUGAAACGAGAUGAAAGCAAAUCUACGGAUACAAUUUCUGGUGCGGGUAUAGAAACAUCAAAUAGGAUGCAAGAACUUGAAGAGGAGUUGGAGCUUAUCAAAGAAGAACUGAAUGAGACAAUGUCCGAAAAUGAGAAGCUGAGAAGUGAAAAUGGGUCAGAUUACAAAGCAAUUUUGUUUGACAAACUUCAGCAUGAAUAUCAAAAUUUAAGAGCAGAAGUAGAGUCGAUGAGGAAAAGUGGCCCAUCCAAUGUCAGUAUGGCAGAUGAUGACGCAAUAAAAGUCCUGAGAAAUCAACUCGAAGCAAGUCAAACGGAAAAUGAUCAUUUAAAAUCUCAACUAUCAACAAUGCGCAUCGAAUCUUUUGGGAGGAAGGAAGAUGUUAUGCAUUCUAGAUCAGCUCCAAGCAAUAUAGAGAAGGAGCUGGAAGAAAAGCAAGAACAGUAUGAAUCUCUGAUGGAAGACUUUAAUUUACUCACAACUGAAAAUGAGGAAAUGAAGGGAGAAAUGGGACAUCUGAAAGUUCAGAGUCAGAUGUUUAAUGAAGUGAAGAAAGAGUACGAAUCUCUAAGCGACCAGUAUCAUAAGUUGUUGACAGAGAAUAGUGAGAUGGUUAAGAAAAUUGAAGACUUACACCGGGAUUUACAAAACAGCACUAACCAUGAAUCAUCAUACAUUAAGGAAGAGAGAGAGCAUGCAGUAAGAGAAAAGGAGACACUGCUGAGUAAUAUACAACAGCUAGAGAAGAAGUGUGAAGAUCUUGCUCAGAAUAAUUCUAACAUUAGUCACGAACUGCUGGCAGCCGAGGGACAGAUACAACAACUUAAAUUUGAUAAUGGGACUUUGAGGGCUCAGUUAGGCAUUUCACAUGGUGGACAGAUGCAGAUGGACAACUUUCAUGCAGACUAUCAACGACUUCAAGGACAGUUUUCAACAGCCAUGGAUCAGAAAAACAAAAUACAAAUCGAACUCAACCAAAUGGCUCAUCGACUUCAGCAAAGAGAUGCAAGGUGCCAACAAAUGGCUAUGCAGGUAAGCCAGCUGGCUGAAGACAGAAGUUACCUUAAUGUUCAGCUUGGGAACCUAUCGAAAUCAUUAAGAGAAAAGGAGAAUGAGCUGCGUUCUUUACAACAGCAAUACAAAAUCCUUUAUCAGACGCACAUGUCACUUCAGUCCAAGAUGAUAGAAUCAGAAACAAAGACCAUUAACAUGGCCAUGCAACGGGCUUCUUCAGUAGAAAUAACUGCAGUUUCAGAGCAGCGAAUUGUUCCAGAAGAAACUAAAAUCAACAUGUCUGCCCCUGACACAGACGAAAUGGAUGAAAUCAGACAACUUCGCUCUAAAUUGCAGGAGACGGAGCUAACUCGGGAACGACUACACGACCAGCACCACGCCCUGGAGAAGUCGCUGCAGAUGGAGAGGGAACAACGACUCCAGCUGGAGGAGGCCCUGAACACUAUGCAGGAGCAGGCCCGGCUUGUAGCAGAAAACAAACAGAUCAAUCUCCAAAUUGAAGAUGAUGAUGAGGAGAGAAUCCUAGAAGCAAGUCCCAUGCUGAUGCGUAGUGAGGCUGGUUAUGGACAGAGGGUGUGGAAUUGGCUUAGAGUGCGUCGGGAAUACCUCUGCUUUUCCAGUCGAACUUUGAAUCGCUUGAUGCGCAUGCGCCCAGGAAUCCGGAAGAUGAUAUGGGGUUACUUUCUCCUGCUUCACCUGCUGGUCAUUGGAUUCCUGUUUGGACUUUUAUAACGUACCUUUUCACAUGUAUGUCCAGAGAGAGCAGUUGGCCAUUUCUUGUGAAAAACCAAUUUAAAUGUUCAUUUUAAUCAUGAGUUGUUGCAUUAGCGGUCGUGCAAUCAAAUAUACCUGAUGUUGUUUACUUUUUGAGUGAAUGAAUGAAUGCAAGAAUUCUGUAACAACAUGCAACAGUGUAUGCUGCGAUAUUGUGAUUCUGUAAAAGAUUGUGUGUAGCUCCCAUUUUUUAAAAUUAUAUAAUGCUUAUUUGUGUAUAUAUGUAAAUAAGAAGACAUAAAUAAAUUGUAUAGUACGUUGUAGACUAUAGAGAAUCAUGGGAUGAUUCAUCACACUUCAAUAUUUAUAAGAACAUUGUAUAGUACGUUGUAGACUAUAGCGAAUUAUAAGAUGGCUCAUCACACUUCAAUAUUUAUAAGAACAUUGUACAUUGCGUUGUAGACUGUAGCGAAUCAUGAGAUGACUGAUCUCACUUCAAUAUUUAUAUGAGCGUUGGGACACUACCUGUCAAUAGUAUUUGUUAUACAGUGUCCUUAGUAAUUGCCAUUCCGUGUUUAUGCAUUUGUUGUGAUGGGAGGAGUAUUGUUCUUCCUCAACAUUCCGUCUAUAUUAAUUGUAAAUAAUAUUUUAAACGAAGUAAGGCAAUUACGUUUUAUGCAUUAAUGAUGUAAAUGUUUAUUUUGCAUUAUGUUGUUACUGAUGUAUUGCCAUUACAGGUGUCGUUUAGGAGAUACUUUUGUGAUUUGAUACAUAAAAACUGUGGAUGAUACAUAUCAUGAAAGGCCCAUGAUUAAAAUUAUUUUUCGAGUAAAA